AUGACAUCGCGAACUCUCAUCACUGCCAAGCACGCGGAGGAGCUGCUGGCGUCGGUGAAGUACAUUCUCCUCGACAUUGACGGCGUGGUGUGGGCAGGCCCGCAUGUUUUUCCGAAGAUUCCGGAGACGCUGCGGUGCCUGCGCUCGUGCGGGAAGCAGAUCCGCUUCCUCACAAACAACGCCUCCGUCUCACGUGCGGGCAUUGUGCGGCAGUUUCACCAGCGUGGCAUCGAGGGCGUGCAGGAGCACGAGGUCUACAACAGCGCGUUUGCCGCCGCACUGCGGCUUCAGGCUCUCUUCGCCACUGACAAGCACGACGCGUCAGUGAAGCGUCUGGUCGAGCGCAACGUGUUCGUUCUUGGUGACGUGGGCCUACACGAAGAGCUACGGCGUGUGCUGGCGCCGGGCUACAUCACGUACGGGCUCGAGCUGAACGAUCCGGAGAAGUGUGGCGGCUACAACCUCCCUGCUGUAGCAUCGGCGUGGAGGGAGCGAACACUCCCGGCGCCGCAUCAACAGCCAUUCACGCCGGACGGCGCGACAGAGCCUGGUGGCAGCAUCUCCCUCGCGGACCUUGCCCCUGCGGCGGUGGUGGUGGGGUUGGACCUGCACUUCAACAUCCUCAAGCUGGCGUGCGCGUCUCUUUGUCUGCAGGGCAGUCGCACUAAGAGUGGCGACAACACCACGUCACACGCUGGUGCGUACUUCAUCGCCACGAAUGAAGAUCCGCAGAUUCCGGUUGGUGUGGAUGGCUCGCUGCUGCCGGGAGCUGGCGGAAUGGUGUGUGCGCUGAGCACCGUCUCUGGACGCACACCGGCUGUCGUGUGCGGCAAGCCACACGUGGAUAUGGCGAAGGCUCUCUUCGAGGCGGAGGGCAUUACUGACCCGCGAGAGUGCCUCAUGGUGGGCGACAGACUGACGACGGACAUUGCGUUUGGCAACGCGGCUGGCUGUCGCACAAUGUUGGUGUUGAGUGGUGCCGAAACUCUGGACGAUGUGGCGCGGGCGGAGCGCAGCGGAAACGUGGAUAUGCUGCCGGAAUUCAUCGCGCCCUCAUUGACUGUUUUUCUGCCGCCAGGCUAG